CAUCAUAGGAACUCGUUUCCGAACAGGAAAGAACGUGAACAUGCAUGUGUGUUUGUUGAACCGGCAUAAGAGCACCAAAAGACCCGGAUGGAUUAGGUGUUAAGGUUAAGAUGCUUGAUGGAGGAGUUGCACUAGGUCCAUCUCUGCAACAAUGGUUUCUUGUCACCCUAAUCGUGUUAAUCUAACAAUGGAGAGACUUCGGGUUGUUCAGGUGUGGCACGACCUACUAGUGCCAUCUUCUCCACUAUAACCCAUCCAGCACGUCUGUUCUGACAUCCGCCGACCAUAUGGCCUCCAGUUACACUGCUCAGUUGGACGACUCGACCAUAGUGAAGGAAGGCUUCCUUUGCCCACUGUGUCUGAAAGAUCUGCAGUCCUUCUACCAGCUACAGGAUCACUACGAUGAAGCACACUCCGGAGACAACCACCAUGUCAGCAGCCAAUUCAAGAGUCUGGUACAGAAAGCAAAGAAAGCCAAAGACAAACUCCUGAAACGGGAUGGAGAUGAGAGAACUGAUAGCAGUUACGAGUCUUUUUACUAUGGAGGCGUGGAUCCGUAUAUGUGGGAGCCUCAGGAAUUGGGAGCCACUCGGAGUCACCUGGAACAUUUUAAGAAACACAGAGCUGCCAGAAUUGACCAUUACGUCAUUGAAGUCAACAAACGCAUCAUCAGGCUGGAGAAGCUUAUUUCCUUUGAUAGAACCAAUAUGGAUGGAGGGAAGAUAAGAGCACUAGAAAAGUCAGUUGUGCCAUGGGUGAACGAUCAGGACGUACCAUUUUGCCCUGAUUGCGGGGACAGGUUCAACAUCAGAAACCGGCGUCAUCACUGCCGUCUCUGUGGUUCCAUCAUGUGCAGGAAGUGCAUGGAAUUUGUGCCUCUUCCUAUGGCAUAUAAACUCACGAGUAGUACGCGAGAGGCCCUGUGCGUGCCUGGCAGUCCCAGGCAGGGUGCGUCCCCUGGUGGAGGAGGCUCUGCAUCGCAGCAGACCUCACGACGCGGCUCCAUCUCCAGCCUCUCCUCGGUGAGCUCUGUGCUGGAGGAGAAAGACGAGGACCGGAUUCGUUGCUGUCGUCACUGCAUGGACGCUUUGCUCCGUUACCAGCACAAGCUGGAAGAGAAAGACAAUGUGCCAGACAUUGUCAAACUUUACGAGAGGUUGAGAAUGUGCAUGGAGAAAGUUGACGAGAAGGCACCCGAGUACAUCCGCAUGGCCGAGUCGCUCAAUGCUGGCGAGACUACCUAUAACCUAGAAACUGCUGCUGGCCUUCGUUUGGAGGUGCAGAAAUACUAUGAACACAUCGAUGCUCUGAGUAAAAAGAUUCUAACACUUGGACUAAAAAAUGAGGUGCCCCCUCACCCAAGAGCUGUCCAGCUGCAGAAGAUGGUGCGCUACUCAGCGACUCUGUUUGUGCAGGAGAAGUUGUUGGGCCUGAUGUCCCUCCCUACAAAAGAAAAAUACGAGGAGCUGAAAGAAAAACGAAAACUGGAACAAGAAAAGAAGCUUCAGCUACAGAGACAUGCGUCCCUGGAAGCACAAAAGCGUCGACUUGAAAAUGAGAAAAAUCGUGUGACCAACAGUGCCGACGGAGACACCCCUCGGCCCGCACCAGGCCCUCGGAUUACUAAAGGUGGCGGCUGGUUGCCUUCUUCGACAUCUCGCUCGGCCAAUGAAGCGGACGACCCACUGCUGCAGCAGAUUAACAACAUCGAGUCGUUCCUUCAGCAGGCUCGAGCAGCAAACUGCACCGAUGAGGCGGCCAUGCUGGAGGAGAACCUGCGACAGCUGUAUGAGGAGUUUAAUACUCAGCAGUUAAGCCGAGCCAUUGAGAUCUCACAACGUCAAGCCCAGGAGGAGGACCUACAAAGAAGCCAGAUCCUUCAUCUUCAGCAGAGGGAGCUGGAGAGCCAUAUGAGCAGAAUGGACUUCUCAAAUUCAGGGGAGUCAAAGAACGUCGAUGAACACUGGGUGGAAAAGAGUGAGAGCGGGUGGUAUUCGGAAACAAGUCCACAAUCUAAUACUUUGUCAAUGAACUCCUUUCCACCUUUGCCUGGCAAUUCACCACCUUUACAGCGAGAUGAAUGCACUACAGCCCCCCCUGGUGGUGAGACUUCACUAAAUCCAUUUGAAGAAGACGAUGCCACUCCAGUUGAGGAAGACACCACAAACCCUUUCAGUGAAGAGAUCCAUGGGGAGCAGCAGCAGAACGCUGUUGGAAAACCCAAAGAAUACAACCCUUUUGAGGACAGUGAGGAUGAGGAGCAGGAAGUACAGGCUGAGAAGAAACCUCAAAACCCAUUUGCAGACGAUGCUGAGGAUGAUGGAAAAGGUAACCCCUUCAAAGAGAUCUCAGACAAGAUGCCGUCCGCAUCAACCAACCCAUUCGAAGAUGACGAUGAUGAUGACGGGCCAGCACUGGACGACAUUAUUGAGGAAGAGCUGUUGCUUCAACAGAUCGAUAACAUCCGUGCAUACAUGUUCGAUGCCAAGCGCAGCGGACGCACAGAUGAAGUGGAGCUGCUCUCCCAAAACCUUAAGGAGCUACAGUGCACUUUGCAGGAGCAGAAGAGAAAAGCGCCCUGACCGUUGUCGAUUUGUGUCGCUUUUACAAGUUCUUUUUUCCAUCGUUUGGGAUCAGGAGGCUGGAAGUAAAAAUACAUUUUAUGUUU